AUGGCAAAAAGAGCAUUAGUUUGUGGUGCUGGUGGCUUCAUUGGCAACCACUUAGUGAAAAAAUUAAAAAAAGAAGGUUUUUGGGUUCGCGGACUAGACAUAAAAAAGCCUGAAUUUAGCAAUUCCGUAGCGGACGAAUUUAUAAUCUGUGAUUUAAGAAAUCUAAGCACUUGCCGGGAUUAUAUAAACGAACCAUUUGACGAAGUUUAUCAACUAGCGGCUGAUAUGGGAGGAGCGAGUUAUAUUUUUACCCAAGAACAUGAUGCUGAUAUUUUAUACAAUAACUCAAUAAUUAAUUUGAACGUGCUUCGCAGUUGUAAAGAAGCAGGGGCAAAGAAAAUUUUUUAUGCUUCUUCGGCUUGCGUUUAUCCUCUUUAUACAUCAAUUGAAUCCUGA